AUGUUUUCAGUCUGGAUCUUAUGCGUCGGUCUAGCGUUGACAUUGGUCUCCAACCUUAUCUAUGACAUCUGGUUUCAUCCCUUGCGAGAGUAUCCUGGCCCAAGAUAUGCUGCUGCUUCAAGGAUAUGGUACAGUUUGCACGUUUUUAGAGGACACCACAAAAACGCCAUCAAGAGGCUCCACGACGAGUUCGGUCUUGUUGUUCGGAUAGCUCCCAAUGAACUCUCGUACAUCGACCCACGCGCCUGGGAAGACAUCUACGGCCGGUCUGCGCACGAGAACAGAACGGCCGCAUUGGAGAAAGAGUUGGAUUUCUUUGAGACAGCCUUCAACAACUCCGACAGUCUUGUGGAUGCCAAUAGUCGCGACUUCAAGUCCCAGAAGAACAACGCAACACGAGCUUUCUCGAAUGGCUCGUUACUGCGUCGGUCACCUACCAUGGCCACGUACAUCGAUCGAAGUAUCGAGCUUCUUCGCACAUAUUUGAGUGACAAGCAAGUGUCAACCAUCGACAUCGACCCGUGGAUUGGAAACAUCGUCUUGGACACGCACGCGAAGCUUACGAUUAGCCAGGACUUUGGAGCCGUGGAGUUAGGACCAAUACCACACACAUUGGUCACCAACAUGCAUCGAGCCGUCACCACCAUACAGUACUGUACUCAGCUGCAGUACUUGCCGCACGCCUUGAAGUUCCUGACCAAAUUGAUGCCGAGUCGCGACAUAUUUACUGUCCUGGGAAAGAUCCCUCCGCUUGGUACCGCGAUUGCAAAACGUAUAGCGAAGGAACACGACGAGAGCGUCUCACAAGACUUUGUGUCUCACAUGAUCCAAGACAGCGAAGCGGACGUGAGAAAUAUAGCAACCGUGCGCAGCAACGCUACUGUCUUCGUUCUGAGCGCCGUUGAGACGCUGCCAGGCUUCAUAUGCUCCAUACUGUAUUACCUUCUCGAGACACCGGAGUACUACAAGGCUGCUAGCAACGAGUUGCGUAGCAGAUUUGGCAGCAGCGCAGAAAUAACACUCCAGUCGACGCAGCAGCUGGAGUACCUAGGAGCGUGCAUGCGAGAAGGGUUGAGGGCAUCACCGCCGGCUGUAGGUACAUUGACGAGACGCAUCCCACCCCAGGGCGCAGAGGUGUGUGGCCGUUUUGUGCCGGGAGGUGUCACGGUCGGCAUUCACAACUGGUCCGUAACGCACAGCGAGAGGUUUUGGACACAUCCGGAGAGGUUCAGGCCAGAGCGAUGGACAGGAGAUGGAGAUUAUGCAGAUGACCUGAGAAGUGUCUUCAAUCCAUUCGGCGUAGGGCCAAGGACUUGUGUCGCCCGGCAUCUUGUCCUCCUCGAGGCUACUCUGAUCGUUGCAAAGCUGCUGUUUGCUUUCGACAUGACUUUAGAUCCUAAAAACUGCGGAGACUGGCCAGUCCAUAAGGGCCAUUUUGUUCCGACCAGGGGAUCACUCUUCAUCGGCCUGAAGCCUCAUUUGAGCGAGAAGAGUGCCUCGACGCCGGCAUAA